UAAAUUCCAGAAACCGAAACGCUUUUUUUUCCCACCUCUCUGUUCUCAUCAACUCCUCAUUCAUUCUUCAGCAGCAGUUCAGUUUUCCUUACUCAUCAAAUCGCUAAGUCGGUGUAUUCGUUAAAUGGCGCAUUUAUAAUAAUCGCCUAUCCGCAUUUCUCCAAAAACCGAUUCUCACAUUGAAAUGGUUCAAGUUAUGGAAGUUCAAUUGUUUUGUUCUAGUUUUAAUAAUACUUUUUAUUUGGCUGAGUGAAGGAAGAAGACAGAGUUUCAGUGGCUAAAGCAAAACUCCCAUGGACAAGCUAACGUCAAAAUUUACUUGGAGGAUCGAGAAUUUCUCGCAACUGGAGGAUAAAAUGCUUUUCUCUGCCACGUUCCUCGUGAAUGAGAAGAAAUGGAAGGUGAUCCUUUUUCCCAAAGGAAUCAAGGAUGAUCAUUUGUCUAUGUAUCUCGGUGUUGUUGACUCGUCUCGCUUUCCCAAUGGCUGGACUAUACCAACAACCUUCAGUAUAACUCUGUUUAACCACAUAGACACCCACAAAACCAUCAAGAAAGAUUUAGUACACACUUUCAAUGCUCAAGAAAGCAAUUGGGGCUUCGAAUCAUUUAUCUCUCUAAGUGAAUUACAUGAUAAAAGUGGAGGUUAUAUCGUAGAAGACGCAUGCUUGAUAGAAGUUGAAGUACAUGUGCCUGAUGAUGUUUCUCCAUCUGCUAACCAUAAAGUGCUUUAGAUUCUUCUAUUGCUGUUCUUGAUAAUGUGGGAUCUGUGCACAACCAGGCUCAGUCUUUUCUCCAGUCACUGUCCAAGAAACCACUCACCUCAGGAUCUAAUGCCUCAAAUAGACAAAUACCUCUGCUUAAACGAUAUUAUUAUGCAAAAGAAAUCCUUGACAUAUUGAUAUCAUGCUCUUUGGAUGAUAUCGCCGAUCCCAGCAAUGAAAGUGCAAUAAUGGAGUCUUUGUCCACACUCAAAGACUCAACUGAUUUGUGUGGUCGGGGCGUGGGAGAGGCCAUUAUGAACAUGAGAUACACUUUUCCGAAAGUGGUGCAGGAAUGGAGAGACUCAUAUCGAGUUAAGGGAGGUAGUGAGCAUCCGUGGUCUACUUUCGAGAAAACCAAAAGCGUUCUUGAACAUUUAGUGAAAGUGGAGGAAGGAAUAAGGACUAAACUGGAGGAGCUAGACAAGAAAGAAAAGGAAUUGGAAGCUCAGGUGGAGGCGGUCGAAAGCGAGAGUCGAAAGCUCAAAGAGGAAAGGGAAGAACUAUCAAACCAGACGAAGAUAAUUUUUGAUCUUGUUAAGGAACUUGCUCAGCAAGUCGAACCAAAGGUGGUUGAGGUAGACCGGGAUAACCAUACAGUGGAGGAGUCCUUGAAGGCAAAGUGGGCUACUACAAGACAACUCUUUGCUUGAUAUAUCUGAGCUGCCAGUGUCUAUAAUUUACAUCAGAUAUGCCAACAUCUUGUCUUCUGUCAUUCGGUUAAGGUAGUAUUUCUUAUGUGCUUUUAAGGUAGAAUCUGAUGUAAUAUAAACACCCUUUGCUUAUCAGAUUUUAACGCUUCUAAACUUUCUUGGACUUUCAUCUUUCUUGUGAAACAAUAAUUCUUAUA